UUUAUACAGUUAAGGCGACAUUUAGAAACCCUCGGUUACAGUAAUAUGCGUCUUGGAGCGUCAAAGAUAAGUUAUAUGUUCAAUUUGUCUCUCUUCUUUUGCUGUAGUGACGUCAUCAGAAGAGGCCGAGCGGUAUGGCUGGCGAGAGAGGACGCCGGUGACCUUCCAAUUUUGAAAUAACUCUUAAACUAUAUCACAGAGCAAAGAUGUCGGUAAAGCAGGCGUCCGUCCACGCCAAGUGGAUCAUUGGAAGGGUCAUCGGGACCAAGAUGCAGAAGACCGCCAAGGUGCGCGUGACGCGGCUGGUGCUGGACCCUUACCUGCUCAAGUACUACAACAAGAGGAAGACGUACUUCGCCCAUGAUGCUUUGCAGCAGUGCACGGUGGGCGAUGUGGUGCUGCUCAAAGCUCUGCCCGAGCCUCGGGCCAAACACGUCAAACACGAACUGGCCGAGGUGGUCUACAAGGUGGGUCAGGUGGUUGACCCGCUGACGGGAAAGCGUGUCGCGGGGACGGAGUUUGUGGAGCCUCCGACGGACCUUCUUCACUCUCCCGAUCACCUGACCUUGUCCCAGAAGCUGCAGGAGUUGAACAUCACUGAAACGCACUCAUCACAUUGACACUUUUGAAUAUUGUUGUCGUUACUUGCUUUGUUGCCCUUCAGUGCAAACUCAUUUGAAAAUAAAACAUUACACAACAAGGAAUUGCUAAAUCCAAAAAAAUGG